AUGCAGGAACUCGCGUGCGCGCCGCGGAUCUCCCUCAUCAUCGGGAAGCGGACGCUGGAUUGGGAUAUGCUCAACUCGUUUCUUGGGGACGCGCAGUACUCUGAUGCGUUUCAUAUGGAAUGGGGACACGGCACUGUAGGACCCAUGGCUGGUGAGACCUUCAGCAAGGUCAAGACUAUCCAGAACCAGCGCACCAUGAUGCAGGCGGGGCAGCGGUCAAGCUUGAUGGAUGUCCUGGAGCGCUUCAAGGGUUCCAAGUCCACAGACCCACGGGACAAGAUUUAUGGCCUUCUCGGCCUCACCUUGCAAAGCCGCGAGAUGAUGGUCGAUUACCGCAAGUCGGCCGUGGAAGUUUAUACUGAAGUAACCACCAUCGAGAUCAACGGGGGCGCGAACCUAGAUAUCAUCACCCAGAACCCCUUUCAGGUGAACGACUCCACCGAGCGACUAGCCGGUCUCCCGUCCUGGGUCCCUGAUUUUUCAUGCAACAUGUACGACGACUACUCUACUCAGUACUCUAGCAUCCUUUUCGCGCAGCGGUGGAUCUACAGUGCCAGCAGCGCAGAAUGCAAAGUCCCCUGCGACUUGCUAUCCGAUCGUGUGUUACGCCUCCGCGGAACGAUCAUCGGUCGCGUGGACCCCUAUUAUUCAAUGAGUGGGAAUAUUCUUCCGACGCAGAGCCCGAAUGGCAACUCCAGAAUCUCUAUGCGUAUAAGAAGCCUAUCUCAGCUCCGACGUCUUAGACUCGUCGGCGACGUACGUAAAUGGGGAGUCCGAAUUACAGGCGUUCUGGAGGACUUUGGUAGGUGA